CUCUCCAAGGCACCUUUCCUGCGCUGGGGCCCCACCUGCCGGGGUCUCCUCCACCCGCGGCGGCCCCUCGGGGGCGGACUGCUGUGGCCCAGCCCCGCGCGAUUCGUCACUCCUGCGGAACUUUCCCCUGAAAAUCCCUCCCGCAGCCAGCCGCCCGCCCCGGGAGGUUCUGAUCUCAGCGGCUUCCUCCCACCGCGUCCGCCCGCCGGCCUGCGCGCAUCACACUCGUCCCGGAGACUCGCAGCCACACGUCCAUGUCCGCGGCAGUGGCGCCUGCGGCUGUGCACCCCGACAGCAUGCUCUCCGAGGCGGAGGAGCCCAAGGAAGUGGCCACAGAUGUCUUUAAUUCAAAAAACCUGGCCGUUCAGGCACAAAAGAAGAUCCUGGGUAAAAUGGUAUCCAAAUCCAUCGCCACCACCCUGAUCGAUGACACCAGCAGCGAGGUCCUGGAUGAGCUCUACAGGGUGACCAAGGAGUACACCCAGAACAAGAAGGAGGCAGAGAGGGUCAUCAAGAACCUCAUCAAGACCGUCAUCAAGCUGGCGGUUCUCCACAGGAACAAUCAGUUCAAUCAAGACGAGCUGGCGCUGAUGGAGAAGUUCAAGAAGAAGGUUCACCAGCUUGCCAUGACGGUGGUCAGCUUCCACCAGGUGGAGUACACCUUCGACCGCAACGUGCUGUCCAGGCUGCUGAACGAGUGCCGAGAGCUGCUGCACGACAUCAUCCAGCGCCACCUCACCGCCAAGUCUCACGGACGGGUUAACAACGUCUUUGAUCAUUUUUCAGAUUGUGAUUUUCUGGCUGCCUUGUAUAAUCCCUUUGGAAAAUUUAAACCUCACUUACAGAAACUUUGCGACGGGAUCAACAAAAUGCUGGAUGAAGAGAACAUAUGAGCUCGUGAGAGAGAUAAGCGAUCUUCUCGAAGACAAAGCACCGCUGGCUCAGGAAGGGAAGAUGGAGAAUCUUUUAAAGAUCACAUGUAUCGCAGAAAGGCUCGGCCUCAUACAGCCAUUGGACAUUAAUGGUAGUACUUUUGUGUGGCUUGUUGUAGAUGAAAAAAAAAAAGCAUAUUGCCAAAAAUUCUGGCUGAAAAUGUCUUAAUGAAUGUCAGGAUGUGGGGGAAAUUGGCGGUUGGUAAUUCAAGUAUAGAGUGACUCAAAGACAGAUAUGUGUGGCUCCAAUCGCAGGGACUUUCUGUGUUUUAGGGAAGUUGUGUUGGUGGCACAUUAGAUAUUUUUAAUAUGUACAAAGUUGUGUAUCUUGAUUCACUUUUAUUCUUUAUGACUGUGUAUCUCUUUUUAAAUGGCAAGGACCUCUCUUUCCUGUCAUUGAUCCUUUUGAAACAAUUCUGCUUCCUAGGCUACUCGAUUCUUUUGUUACAGAUUUUUAUUGACAUUCAAGAAUUAAAUCUGAGGCCAUGGAAUUGAACCCCAGGAAAGUAGAAGGCUGAGUAUCUGAAAAUCAUAACUGUGGAAACAGAUAACAUAUCCAUUGUAAAAAUGUGCUUCUGAAGCUGACUUGUACUUUUUAGUACCAUCAGUGACACUUAGAUCUCAAAACGGUAGUGAAAUACUUGCUUAGGGCCUAACUUUGAUGUCAUCUUGAACAUGUGCUGACAAGUGUCUCGGUAUUAAUGUCCAUUUCACACAUAGGAGACAAAAAACUUCUAGAUUGGCUUUGAUGUUGAAAUAAUAAAAUGUAAGUAGCAUGGAAAAAAAAAAAGGAGAACAGUCUUGAAUUUAAAGAUGAACUCAUCGGACUAAAGGAUGAGCAAGGACUGAAAGGAUAGAAGGGUGUUGCUAAUAAUGUAAGAAAGAUGGAUUUCAAUGUUUAACGGGGAUCGAUGAAUAAAGGACAUCGUUUUUUUUUUUAAUUUAACUACUCAGGUUUUAUAUUGUGUUAUUUGCUAUUUUGGUAAAUGAACCAAUGACUGUGUCUGUCUCCAGCAAGUGGUAUGCUGUUUCUGUAUAAUUUUAGGUGCAUGGAUGAUAAAGUAGACCUUUGCUUAUUUUGUAAAAGAACUAGAAGCCUACUGGCCAACUAUGUCAUCUAGAAACAAUAGACCCAACCACCAGCACUAAA